AUGGCGGAAAACGGAAUGCGUGUGGGCCCAGGGUCAUCUGUAGUGGCGGCAGCGGUAGGCGCUGUGGUUGCGACGGGCACAGGUGCUGCCAGCAAUGGCGAGCACGAGAACGAACAUAAUGCGAAUGGGGAUAUCGAAAAGGCUCAGCCGGCGCCGGCCAUCCAGAAAUACAUGCAGGAACUGAUGACAGAGCGGUCGCGCAUGGAGAACCAUUUUCCAUUGGCUGUCAAGCUAAUCGACGAAGCCUUGGAGCGGGUGCAGCUAAAUGGGCGCAUACCCACGAGAGACCAGUACGCGGAUGUCUACCAGCAGCGCACCAUCAAACUGUCGCAGAAGGUGCACGUGCCCAUUAAGGAUAAGAAGUUCAACUACGUCGGCAAGCUGCUCGGCCCCAAGGGCAACUCCUUGCGCCGUCUGCAAGAGGAGACGCAGUGUAAAAUCGUCAUACUCGGUCGCUUCUCGAUGAAGGACCGGGCACGCGAAGAAGAGCUGCGAAACUCAGCAGACGCCAAAUACGCCCACCUGAAUCUUCCGCUCCACGUCGAAGUAUCCACCAUUGCCCCACCCGCCGAGGCGUACGCCCGCGUGGCCUACGCCCUGGCCGAGAUUAGGCGCUACUUAACACCGGAUAAGCACGACGACAUUCGCCAGGAGCAGUACAGGGAACUCAUGGAGGAUCCCGAGGCGGCUAAGAAACUAACACUGCGCCAGCUCCAGCUGCAGUCGAAUGUGGCUGCCAGCAGCGGACCGCCUCUCUCUGGUGGCAACAAUGGCAACGGCAACAAUCGCUCUGGCGGCAACUACAGACACAAGUUUCCGCAGCAAUCGCAUUAUCACCACAACGAAGAGACUGUCUACUAUCGCUCACACACGAACGCCUACCACCAGCCAAAGCCAUACGUGCCCCCCAAUCAACGGGGAAAUACCAUGCACACGACUAUGCAACCACAGACGAUUGUGCGAGCCUCGCCGCCCGGAAUGGUGGUCAGUGCGGCCAGUUUCAAUGGUCGGAAUGCAGGCCUGGGCAACGCCGGCGGUGGCGGUAUAAUGGCAAAUAGCAUUGUGGCCACCACAGGCGGCGGCAUUGGUGGCACAGUGCAGCAGACCAUGCGCUACCGUCCCGCUGCUCCCUAUCAGUUUGUCAAAAAAUAAUAUACAUACAGUGCACAUCCAUUGUUGAACCAUUUCGCGGCCACCCCAUCAACGUCAACGUCAUCGUCAUCGCCAUCGUACCAUCCACACGGAUCCACACCCAUCCACGCGAACACACGCUGCUCCAAAGGUAGAAGUAAUCAUUAAAAAAAAAAAAAAAAAUCAUUGAACAGUUUAUCACGCAUUGAUUUUACCAAUAUUUCGAGAAAGUGGAAACCAAAAACGAAACGAAUUGAAUCGGUAAAUGUAUGAUUAAGAAAACUAGCCUAAGUAGUCGAAUGCUCUAAGAAACAGAUGACGAAGAGGAUCGAUCACCCUCCCCACAAACACACACACACCCCACCUGUACACCCACACAAACGACACUGGCACUCCUCCAAAUUUGAUUCAAAAUCGGGGGAGUCCGCGCUGGAAACAUUUUAAUCUGUGCGCUUGUGUCUGUGUGUGUGCGUUGGACUCUGCGAGCAUUUGGAAGAACCCGAACCAAACCCCUCAAUGUGGAUCGAGUUGAAACGAAUUGGAUUGAAUUGUUUUUGUAUUCAGGAAGGACCCCAGUUGGCCCAAAUGUCCUUGUUUUUGUUUUUCUCUUGAUUCUUUAUUAUUAUUAUUAUUAUUUUAUUAUUGACGAAUUAGUUUUUCAUUUAGGUAUAUAUCCUUUCAUAUUUAAGUAUUUUCGUCUGCAUAUACGUAUACCCCCAGACCCCGAUGCUGCUUGACCUUUAUGUAUGCUUUAUUUAUCCAACUCCCCUGCAUUUUCAACUACCUUUUUUUGUUUAUUGAAUUUUUAUUACGUUUACGAUUAGAGGAGGCUUAUUAUUAUUAUUAUUUUUAUUCGUUACGUUGCCAGGACAAAUAUAAACCUAUUUCAGCUGUGUAUGAAUACACUAUAUAUAUCCAUAUAUAUGAUAUGAUUUAUUACACAUAGUACAUAUGUAAUACACAACCACACACGUACACAUACACCGCAGACAUGCAUAUACAUAUAUAUUCAAAGCAUCAGCAUAACUACAUAAAAACCAAAAGAAGGAACUAGUAACGGAGCAAAGGAGAAUAAAUUUACAUAGAUCGGGGCGAGGAAUGCAUUCCUACGACUCGACUACGAUAAUAUUAACGUACACAUAGAGCAUGGGCCACAACCGACUCCGACAUACAUAAAUACAUAAUUGUUAUUGUUGUUGAAAGCAGCAACUAAAAUUGUAAUAGAAAUUAUGCAAAUAUACAUACGAAAUAUGACGACAAAUGUUAAA